AUGGAGAAAUACAUUGUGGGCGUGGCCGCCACGGCUUCCACUCUCGCCUGCAUCGUCUCGCUCGUCACCAUUCCGCAGCUCUACAAUACUAUUCUUGAGGUAACCGCGAAUUUAUAAUUUCAUCAUUCAAUUUUCAAAGAACGUUAUAGGUUCACGAUGAAGUUCUCGAUGGAGUCAGCGUGUUCCGAAUGGAAACCGAUGCGGCAUGGACCGAUAUGAUGGACAUCCAAAUCACGGUCACUCCGCCGUCGAAGCCACGUGUCAACCCGUUCAACUCGAUAUUCCGUCAGAAAAGACAGGACUUCUCCGGGCUCCCAGCCUGGUGUCAGUGCGAACCGGCCAAGCCAGUUUGCCCACCCGGACCACCUGGACCACCAGGAGAACCAGGACAGCCUGGAAACGCCGGACCACCAGGACCACCGGGAGAGGAUAACACCUCUACUUAUGCUCCGAUUACUUGCCCACCGAAGGACCCGUCCUGCGUCAAGUGCCCAGCUGGACCUCCAGGACCACCAGGACCAGAAGGGUCGGCCGGACCUGCUGGAGGAGAUGGGCAACCCGGAGCUGCCGGAGAGCCAGGAAAAGACGGACCAGCUGGACCACCGGGACCAGACGGGGAUUCUGGAGGAGCAGGAGAACCAGGACCGAAUGGAGAGCCAGGAGCACCUGGAAAAGACGGACAGAAGGGCAAGGGAGAACCAGGACCGGCUGGUCCACCAGGGCCACCAGGACCCGGAGGACCACCCGGAGAUGCUGGAAGUGCUGGAGGCGACGGAGCCCCAGGACCACAAGGUCCACCAGGACAGGACGGAACACCAGGAAAUGCUGGACCAGACGGACAGCCAGGAGCCCCAGGAGGACCUGGUCUACCUGGAAACGACGCGGCAUACUGCCCAUGUCCACCGAGAUCGGCCGUCUUCGUCAACAGAUUCGCACACUAA